UCACUGCUGUGAGGUGGGUUCCAGGUGUACAGGGGAAGGACUAUGAAGUGAUAUUCUAGAGUGGUGGAAAGGGUAGGAGGAGGCAGGUGACUGUUCCCUCACAAACGGGGGCUUUGGGGCAUCCAUGUCCUAUUUCAUGUCUCCACAAGCUCAUCAAGGUCAUCUGCCUUCCAGCCAAGGUGGGGCUGCCUCUCCAGGCUCAUCCCUUGGCCUCUAUGGUCCGGUAGAGCCAGUGGUGGUGGCCUCUGGUGGACCAGGCCCACUGAGCCAGCAAGCUGAGCAGCUGGUACCUGCUGCCCAGGCCUGGGGCCCGGCCCUGGCAGUGCCGGAAGCCAGGGGCUGCCCUGGGGGGACUAGCUGGGAGACCCUGCAGCGGAAGGAGUACAGCCGCCAUAACCACAAAUUCCCCCACGCAAUGCAGCCUGAGGGCUUGGGCUGGGAGGACGGCUCCAGGGGCAGCGCUCCCCACCUGGGUGGCCCCUGCUGGCCUGGGCCCCUGCUGCUGUCUGGGCUGUCACCAGGGAUUUUACCGAUGCCCUCUGAGGCCAGGGGGAAGGAGGCCAGCUCCCAGCCUGACAUCUGCAUCCUUACCCUGGCCAUGAUGAUUGCUGGCAUCCCCACCGUGCCUGUCCCGGGCCUGCGGGAAGAGGACCUGAUCCGGGCGGCUCAAGCUUUCAUGAUGGCCCAUCCGGAGCCAGAGGGGGCUGGGGAGGGGGCGCGGUGCGACCAGCCACGCGCCCACACAGCCUCUGGGCAAAUGCCCCUAAUGAGACCCCGGAGAGGCCAGCCUCCUGGCCCCUACUUGUAGCUGGAUGAAAUAGCACCAGACACAUA